CAGAGGGUUUGAGGAUCAGAAAGAUCUCCGAGCUUCAAGUGGGGGACACAAUCUUGACCAUGAACGAUGCUGGGAAGCUGGACAGCACACGCGUGAUCUUCUUGCACGACCAUCCCGACCAAGUCGAGACCAACAAGAUCUCCUUCCUCUCCAGCGAGGGCCUCGUGUCCACGUUGGAGCUGACAGACUGGCACGCAGUCUCGUCGGAGGUAACAUGCACAGGAAGGAACAACUGCGGCAUCCGUCUUAUGUACGGCCACGAGAUGAAGCGAGGACAUGGGAUAGUGAGGAGGAACGGAGACUCGUUCGAUACCGCCCGCGUCAUCAGCAUCGAGCGAGGCUUGUCCAGAGUUCGCUACAUCGUGACCGGCAACGAUCGACUGGUGGUCAACCAGGCGCUGGGGAUCGUGUACAGCACUGCUCUUGCUAGCCUUGAAAGCCUUCCCUUCCGCUUCCUGUUUUGGUUGUCUCCCACCUUGCUCUCGCAUCCUGCCACAAGAAAGAGCCUCGAGACGGUUCUCGAAUCGCCAGCUCUGCGAGCAGCAGAAAUGUUGUUCAAUCACCUGGUUGGGAUGCUGCCGGCAUGGAAACAGGGAAGUCAGUCUGGAUCAGAACUAAUGGCUGGUCGUACUAGAAGCAAUGAGUUGGAAUCAUAACGUGUUUACCAGUCAUGAACAGGAUUAUGUACAUGAUAUAACGAAAGUUUGUGUAAUGAUU